UUUGGUAUCCGUCGCCUCUUUUUAUGAAAGAUGGAAAAAAUCAGUAACUUUUGCUGGAAUCUCCCAGAAAUUAUUUUAGCUCGCUUCCCAUUUAUUAGUGCAUUUACAUUACUAAUGAUAUUAGCUGAAAGAGACGAAAAAUAUCCUCCAAUACCACCAAGAUUGAUAUACAGCCACAUAGCUAUCUUCCUAGCAGUUGGAUUUCUGAUGUCAGCAAAAGUCAAAAGAAAAGAAUUGUCAUUGGUUUAUGCUGGUCAGCUGUUAUAUUUUGCUUACAAUACAUAUACAAAUCAAAAUCUACGAUAUACCGAACCGCAAAGGAUAAGGAUGUCAGUAAGAUUGAUUGGUUGUGCUGGUAUAUUUGUAUUAUUCUCCUAUUUCCAAGAGCAAGUCAAAUCCAGACAACUUAGAAAACUUGGAGAAACAUUAGUUGGAAUAUUUCUACUUGCUUAUGUAUAUAUAAUCAAUAACACUUAUGAAGAUAAGCGAGCAUUCCUAAUGCACAUCCCAGGUGGGGAUUGGAUUAGAUAUUUCAUUACUUUAGUUUUAGCUUGUGGUGCUAUAAGCUUCUUCUCAGGAUUUUUUUUACGUGACGUGUCUAUAUCAUUAGCAAUAGUCUUCGCAAUACUGACAGUAGCUGUAGACUGUGACAUUCAGUAUUGGGUGAAUAAAAGAGGGAUGUUUUAUUGGAACCAAGUUAGGGUUAUUGCUGAUGAUUUGUGUAUAAUAAUUGGAUUUUGUUUGAUAAUGACAAGAGGGGAUAACAAAAUAAAAGUGGAUUAAAUUAUUUAUUUUGUAUGUUUGUAAUAGUUUUAUUUUAGGCCUCAGCAAUAUUAAAAAAGUAGAUUUUCACAUACUUUACUUAUUUGAUUAUUUUUUACGUUACUUAUUUGAUUAUUUUCUUUAAGAUAUCUUACUGCUAUUUAAAGGAAAAAUGCUAAGUAAUUCAAUACCAAUAUUUUCUGUAGUUUUAUUAGUACCAAUGUUUUGCUAUAGGUUUCGUUAUAUAUAAUAAGUACCAAUAUUUUCCAUAAAUUUAUGCUUAUUUUGUUAUCAAGGAUUAUAAUUAUGCCACAUUUAACAUAUAUACAUUUUGUACCUAAAGCAUUGAUCAUUUCCAUAACACAGAUUCUACUUGAAGCUAGGGUUGACCUCAGGUGCUGGGAAAGGGUCAGCAAUGUUAAAUUAUUAUGACGGGUAAAUGUUUAACAAAAUCUAAUAUGAGAUACACAACUAGGAUAAAACAAUUCAGUAUCCAGUAUUAAUUUAUUCAUGUAUGUAUGUUUUGCUUACAAUUCAUAUUACCUGAUAUAAUGAACCAAUUUCAGAACUGUCUUGUUAUAACAAUGAUAAUGAGUUUUUUGUUUAUUGCACUUUUAUUAACCUAAUUGACUGAAAUUUUGUAAUCUCAGAAUUCAUGUUUAAAUUUACAUUAUAUAGACAAUAAUAGUGUACUGACUUGACUAUUGACUUGCCGAGCUAUUUCCCCGUUUCGGGCCGAAUCCUUAUAUCGUUGAUAUGUCAAGUCAAUACAAUAUUAUUGUCUUUAUACUGCAAUCUAGAAAAAAACAUUUUAAAUUGUUGUUUAUUGUGUUAUUGUUAUUUAUUUGAUUUAGAUAUUGGGAAAAAUCUCCCUUUAAAAAGGCCUCACAAUUGGCGACGAAAUAUACAACAUAAUGAAAUGUACAUUACCUGUUGAAACCAAUCAAUGGUGAAAGAAUUCGUUUGAGUAUGGACUAAAAUAUCAACAAUAAGCAUAAAACAUAAUGAUUUAUAGAUUUUAAACAAAAAAUAUUAACAAAUGAAAUAUGUUUUUCCAACAAUUUAAAAGAAAUAAGUUUGAGUCGUUCCACGCUACAGGUUGAAGCGGUCCUCAUGAAUAUUCAGACAUAGUCCUGGCUCUACUAUUUAAAUAUUCAUGAGAAAAGAGUUAUCGGGUCAGUGACUGUAUAUGACAAAGAAAUAUACAGUCAACGCAUUUUGACUGCUCAAAUAGAACGAGUGCAGUAUAAAUUGUAAUAAUACCUAUCUUCUACUAUUGAGAACAUUUUGAGUUGAUUACUUUCACAUUCAUGAUCUAAGGUCCUAAUUAAAAUGCUUACAUUUGUUUAUUUGUUUAUACUAUCACAUGACUGUGAAGGAAAGUUAAUUAUUUGUUUAUGUUAAUAAAAACCUUUUAUACUUUAUAGUUA